UUUAUAAACAAGUGGGAUAGCGACGGAUCGAAGGGAGUCUUAAUUACAAAGUGUGUCUUUUUUAUCAGCAAAACCCAUGGUUUUUUAGGUGCAAGACCAGGUGGUAUAAUUACUGAUCAAGAAGAAAUUACCCCUGGGGUUGUUGAGUUUAAGUACAUUCAAGUUAAACCUGGUGAAACUUUAACAGAUAUCCUUUUAAGGCAACACAAGGUGCAACACAAAGAUAAUGAAAUUAUUCAGCUCAACCAAAACCCCAAAUAUUACUUACAGUUGUACCAGCAAAUGUUUGUCACAGAAUAUCAC